AUGGCGCUAGCGCAGCAAGCCUCGCCACCUCCGAUUCUCAUCGUCCUAGACACCACUCUGGUGGCGCCCCGGACGAGCACCGGCGCCGCCCCGCCGGAGUCCUCCCUCCCGCUCACAUUCUUCGACGUCUUCUGGCUCAACCUCCCACCCGUCAAGCGUGUCUUCUUCUACCACCUCGCCGACGACGCCGACGUCCCCGCCAUCCUCUCCAACCUCAGGACCUCACUGUCCCAGGCCCUCCACGCCUACUACCCGCUCGCCGGCCGCCUCCGCCUCACGCCCGGGACGGCUGACUGCUAUGAGAUAUACUACCAGCAGGGCGACGGCGUCACCUUCACCGUCGCCGAGUACCGUGAUGACGUUGAUGUCGACGAGCUGGCCGUCGACCAGCCGAGGGAGAUCAUCAGGAUCGCGCCGCUCGCACCGCCACUCCCCAAGGGCGGCGCGGUGCUCGCGCUGCAGGCCACCGUGAUGCGCCGUGGCGUCGCCAUCGGCAUGGCCGUGCACCACACCGCCUGCGACGGGGCAACCUCGACACGCUUCCUGCACACCUGGGCGGCGGCCAGCACCGGCGUCGUCGGGCCGCCACCCCCUGUCAUCGACAGAACCCUCAUAAAGGACCCAACGGGUCUCUACGACGUCUUCGUGAAAGCCAUGCCGACCGCCGGCGAGUUGGAUCGCGUCAAGACGUGGGAGCACCGAUUCCUCGCCACCUUCACGCUGUCCAAAGAUGACAUACAGCGUGUCAAGGACGUGGUAGCCAGCGAGGCGGCGCGACGAGGCGCGCCGGCGACGCGAUGCUCCUCGCUGGUGGCCACCUUCGGCUUCAUGUGGUCAUGCCACCAGCGAGCCAAAGAAGCAGGAAGCACUGGCGGCGACCCGACAUACUUGCUCUUCCCCGUCGACCACCGCUCGCGGAUGAAGCCCACCGUCCCGGGCGAGUACCUCGGCAACUGCGUCGGCAUCGCCACGCAUGCCGCACCCAUGGACCAGCUCGCGGCAGCCGGCGCCGGCGGCCUCUUCGUCGCGUGCACGGCCGUAGCUGCGGCGAUCGAGGAAGCCGUGCGCGGCAUCGGGUCACCUGAGACGAUUGCAUUGUGGAUGCACCGGGUCAGGGAGGCUGGCGUCGCCGGUAUGUGGACGGUAGCCGGGUCGCCGAGGUUCCGUGUGUACGAGUUAGACUUUGGGUUUGGGCGGCCGGCCAAGGUAGAGAUCGUGUCCGUGGCGAGAACCGGCGCGAUGGCGGUGGCGGAGGGCCGGAGCAGCCGCGGCGGCAUCGAGGUGGGCAUCUCCCUGCCGGCGGCUGGCAUGCAGAGGUUCCAAAAGUGCUUCCAAGAUACCAUCGACGGGCUUCAUCAGUGA